UUCCGGCCGGCUCCGGCGGCGACGCGUCAGCGGGCUGAAGGUGGUACGGCCGCGCGCCGGGCUGUCACUUCCGGGAGUUUGCAACAAGUGCUUUCAGACAAUCAGGUUUCAGUUAGCGAAAACAAUGUUUGCGGAUUUGGAUUAUGAUAUUGAGGAAGAUAAGCUAGGGAUCCCCACUGUACCUGGGACAGUGACCCUGAAGAAGGACUCCCAGAACCUGAUUGGGAUCAGCAUUGGGGGAGGAGCACAAUACUGCCCCUGUCUCUACAUUGUCCAGGUGUUUGAUAACACUCCAGCAGCCUUAGAUGGGACCGUGGCAGCGGGCGAUGAAAUCACAGGGGUCAAUGGCAAGUCUGUCAAAGGGAAGACCAAAGUGGAAGUUGCCAAGAUGAUACAGAUGGUAAAGGGAGAAGUGACAAUUCACUACAACAAACUUCAGGCUGACCCAAAGCAGGGCAAGUCUUUGGAUAUCGUAUUGAAGAAGGUAAAGCAUCGACUGGUGGAGAACAUGAGCUCAGGGACAGCAGAUGCCCUGGGGUUAAGCCGAGCCAUCCUUUGCAAUGAUGGAUUGGUGAAGAGAUUAGAGGAGCUGGAGAGGACUGCAGAACUGUACAAAGGCUUGACAGAACACACCAAGAGUCUUCUCAGAGCUUUCUUUGAGCUCUCCCAGACGCACAGAGCAUUUGGAGACGUUUUUUCUGUCAUUGGUGUCCGGGAGCCUCAACCAGCUGCCAGUGAAGCUUUUGUGAAAUUUGCUGAUGCCCAUCGCAACAUUGAGAAGUUUGGGAUUCACCUUCUGAAAACGAUUAAGCCGAUGCUGACCGACUUGAACACGUAUCUGAAUAAAGCCAUUCCUGACACAAGGCUGACCAUCAAAAAAUACCUGGAUGUCAAGUUUGAAUAUUUGUCUUACUGCCUGAAAGUCAAAGAGAUGGAUGAUGAAGAAUACAGCUGCAUUGCUCUGGGUGAGCCCCUCUACCGAGUCAGCACUGGGAACUACGAGUACCGCCUUAUCCUGCGUUGCCGCCAGGAGGCUCGCACACGUUUUGCCAAGAUGAGGAAAGAUGUGCUAGAGAAAAUAGAGCUCCUAGACCAGAAACAUGUGCAGGACAUCGUGUUCCAGCUCCAGCGUUUUGUCUCCACAAUGUCCAAGUACUAUGACGACUGCUAUGCUGUGCUCCGAGACGCAGACGUCUUUCCCAUUGAGGUGGACCUUGCCCGCACUACUCUGAACUAUGGGCAGAAGGACACGUACACAGACGGGGCAGAAGAAGAAGAAGGAGAAGGAAGUGAGAGAGAGAGUAGUGGGAAGGAGGAUGCAAAUGGUGAAAAGCUCAUUGAUGAUGCCUGAAUGUGCCAGUAUGGCACGGAGGAAAUGACUUUGCAGACUUAUGAAAACAUGUAUUUUACAUGGCGAUUCAUCCUUCAUGAUUGUCUGUGUUGUCCAGCCUGGGAUUCCUCCUCUGUUCUGGGUGGCAGUAGCUGGUUGGAUUGGAACCGACCUCUGCAUUCCUCUCUUCAUUUGCUUGCCUGCCUGGAUAUUCCUUUUUCCCUUGCAGAGUUCUGUUGCCCAACUUGGAUACUGAGUUGUGGGGAAGAGAAUCUCCUCCCACAUCGCCAUGUGACUCCAUGCGCACAGCUGAGCGUGCAGCAUGCACCAUUUUUCUCUGGCAUGUGGAAGGCUGCUGAACAUUUGGAGAUAACUAUAAAUGGAACAACUGUCUCCUCCUGUCCUCCCUUGUGCCACUGGAAAAAGCACCAGCAUUGUUUUCUUCACCUCACUGCUUGCUGUCUUCAUGCUUCAAGCUUUAGCUUAUUUCAGUCUUCCUCUCUUUUCUUCCUGGAGCACAUCCCAUGAGCUCUGGGACAGGAUUUUUUUUAGGAUGAUCACUACCAACUCUCUCCAGCACCACUCUGAAGAAAUAAGAGCAAGUCAGAGCUGAUGUCUAGAACUAGUGGUGGUACAUGUGAUGCGUUCAUCCCCUAGCCAUGAGGUCUGGGGGAGAAGCUGUCCUGGAAGAGGCUGGUGGUCGACUGCUGCAAGGAUCUACAAGACUAUUUCCUUGGCUGCUAUCCUCUUCAUAUUUUUCGAGCUCCUGCACAGCUAGCACCAUCUAUACACUCCGUAGCUAUACCCUGGGGUUAGGGUCCUCCAAUAUGUAGCUCUGCCACAUGUGGUAAAGAUGACCCUAGACCAGAAAGUUCUCCCAGUCAGCAGAGAGAUGCUGAGGUUAAUGUGUUUGAGUCAGGUUCCUGAAAGUAAGAGCGAAGCUGCAUGCAUUUCCUUUCUCUUGUUCUCUCAUACUGCUCUUUGCAAUGGAUAGUAACCAAAUGGGCUUCUUGAGGAUGUGCAGUAAGACCUGCAAACUCCUUUUCUUGUACAGGUGCCAUGAGGACCCACCUUAGGACUGCAAAGGUGAUGCUCUAUCCUUACACUUGUGAGGAGGGGCAGGAAUCCCUGCAGAGAGGGGAAAAUAAGGCCUGUGACAGAGACAUGGUGAUUCUGAGUGUGAAGUAUGAUUAGCAUACAAAAUACUGCUCUCUUCUCUACCCACCCAUUCCAUUCUGCCAGAAGCUAAUGGCACCUUCCCCAGCACAAGGGAAGGAGGGAAAGGUAAAGCUUACUUUUCUCCUUCCACCACCCUUGUGGGCAGAUCCCAGAUCCAGAUGACACUUCUUGCUGGCAGUGGUGUGCUGCUCAGAGGCCAGGGGUUUGACUUCUCUGUCAUUACAUUCUAAUGGUAGUGAGAGAAGUUAUUUAAAGGCAUUAAUUUAAGAUUGAGAUGUUUAGUUUGAUUUGGUUUUCUCUUCUUUUUUUUUUUUUUUUUUGUAUUUUUGGAGACUCGUUAUCUCCAUGGGUUCGUGGAAGAAAGUUGUCCAUGGGCAAGCUGCCCUGGAGGAUGUAAAUGGACUCUAAGUGUACUGUUGUCUGUAAUAAAAAAAAAUGUGAUAGUUUUGUU